AGAUAAUGAUUAGUUCUCCAAUUGGCAAUUGGUCCAGAAACUUUCAAUACCAUUUCUAAACCACCAACUUUUUUCCUUGUUUCCCGGCAAUGGCGUCACCACAAAACCAUCGCACCCUCUCCCUCCUCCUCCUUAUCUCUCUCCUCUCCUUCACACCUUCUCAAUCUCUCUCCCCGGAAAACCACCUUCUCCUUCCCAGCAAUCGCAAACUCGGCAAAGAUGAUCAACUCUUCUGUGAGAGCUGGCGGUUUUCUGUCGAAACUAACGACGCCGGGAUAUGGUCUACCAUCCCUUCUCGCUGCUUUGACUUCGUGAAAAACUACAUUACUGGAGAUCACUACUUAUUAGACUCCAAAAUCGUCGCUGAAGACGAGUUGGAAUUCGCGAAAUCCGUCAAUGUUUCCGGCGACGGAAAAGACGCUUGGGUUUUCGAUGUUGAUGAAACUCUUCUCUUCAAUAUACCUUACUAUGAAACUCAUGGAUAUGGAUCAGAGAUCUUUAAUGAAGAGUCUUUUGAUGAGUAUAUGCUGCUUGGGAAAUCACCUCCUUUGUCAGCAAGUUUGAGCUUGUACCAAGAGCUCCAGCGGCUCGGGUUCACAAUAUUUAUCCUGACUGGCAGGAGUGAGCCCUUUAGAAAUGCUACUGAGGCAAAUCUACGGCUAGCAGGCUACAAUAACUGGGAAAGAUUGAUCUUAAGGGGACCUUCUGAUAAAAGCAAAUUGGCUGUUGAGUACAAGUCGGAGAAGAGAAAGGAGUUGGUAGAUGAGGGUUACAGGAUUCGUGGCAACUCGGGAGAUCAAUGGAGUGACCUGCUGGGGUAUGCAAUUGCACAGAGAUCUUUUAAGCUCCCUAAUCCAAUGUAUUAUAUUGCUUGAUACUGUAUUAUUGCAUCUCCAUAUUGCUGCAUCCUGUAUUUAUCAUCAGAAAAAUGAAUUAUUUGAACUAUCUUGUUACAGAAAUUAAAGUUUGUCCAUUUCUAAUUCUCAAUGAAGAA